CAGAGGAACCCCAAGAAUAGCCCCUUGAAGAACAGCAAGAAACUGGCAAAAAAGAAUGCAACUCCAAUUGCUGUUCUUCUACUGUUCCAUUGGCCUCUCUCUUGUUUUUGCUGAGGGAGCUCAACCCACACCCAUUGAUGAGCUCUCCACUUUGCUCUACAUAAAAUCCAGCCUGAUUGACCCUUUAGGCUCCCUUGAUGAUUGGAGAGCCCCAAGCAUCGCGCCCGAGGGCGGCGCAAUCCAUUGCAACUGGACUGGAGUCUCAUGCGGCUCGGAAGGGUUCGUGGAGAAGCUCGAUCUCUCCAACAUGAACCUGAGUGGCCGUGUCUCUGAUCAGAUUCAAGAGCUGCAGAGACUUUCUCACAUCAACUUGUCCUGUAACGCGUUCGAAUCGCCGUUGCCGAGUGCUCUCUCUAAUGUGACCUCGCUGAAGAGCGUCGAUGUGAGCCAGAAUAAUUUCGUUGGCAGCUUUCCUGUAGGCCUGGGAAGGGCUGGAGGGCUAGUGCGAGUCAAUGCUUCGAGCAAUAACUUCGCUGGUCCUCUUCCAGAGGAUCUCAGGAGCGCGACGGCUCUAGAGAGCUUAGAUUUGGGGGGUAACUUUUUUGAGGGCUCGAUACCGACGUCCUUCAAGAAUCUGCAGAAUCUGAAGUACCUCGGGCUUUCGGGGAAUAACCUCACUGGGCCAAUCCCUGGAGAACUCGGGCAGUUGUCGUCUCUGGAGACAAUCAUCAUGGGUUACAAUGAGUUCGAGGGUGGGAUUCCUCCUGAGUUCGGGAACCUUACGAAUCUCCGGUAUCUUGACUUGGCGGUUGGCACUCUCAGUGGACAGAUUCCAGCAGAAUUGGGGAGCUUGCGAAAGCUCACUACCAUUUACCUGUUCUCAAACAGUUUCGAGGGAAAGAUUCCACCAGAAAUUGGCAACAUUUCGUCACUGAUCUUCCUAGAUCUCUCGGACAAUAAGAUCUCAGGGGAGAUUCCAGGAGAGCUAGAAAACUUGAAGAAUUUGCAGCUUUUCAACUUGAUGUGCAAUCAACUAACCGGGCCGAUCCCGCAUGGUCUUGGGGAUUUGACCAACUUGCAGGUGCUGGAGCUGUGGAAGAACUCGCUGAAUGGUACAUUGCCGACCAAUCUUGGCAAGAACUCGCCACUCCAGUGGCUAGACCUGUCGUCAAAUCUGUUAUCCGGUGAGAUCCCUGAAGGAUUGUGCAAUUCAGGGAACCUCACUAAGCUCAUCCUCUUCAACAACUCCAUCUCAGGCCCAAUUCCUACAGGCCUCUCGAGCUGUGCGUCAUUAAUUAGAGUUCGCAUCCAGCACAAUCUUCUAUCUGGGAUGAUUCCGGUUGGCCUCGGAAACCUGCCAAACCUUCAAAGGCUAGAAUUAGCUUACAAUGACUUCUCCGGCGAGAUCCCGCAAGACAUCGCUUUGUCUACUUCUCUUUCUUUUGUCGAUAUUUCCAAUAAUCGCCUGGAGUCCUCUGUUCCUCCUAGUAUCUUCUCCAUUUCCAACCUCCAGAACUUCAUUGCUUCCAACAACAGCCUGGGAGGCCACAUCCCAGACCAGUUCCAAGAUUGCCCGUCACUUUCAGUGCUUGACCUCUCGAACAACCAUUUUUCGGGGAAUAUCCCGGAGAGCAUAACCUCGUGCAAGAAACUGGUGAAACUUAAUCUCAGAAACAACAGAUUGACUGGAGGGAUCCCCAGGGCGAUUUCCACUAUGCCCACAUUAGCCAUUCUUGAUCUGUCCAACAACUCUUUGGCCGGUCGAAUACCGGAAUUUAUCGGAAGCUCGCCCACAUUGGAGACACUUAACGUGUCGUACAACAAUCUCGUCGGCCCCAUCCCAUCAAGUGGCAUGUUUGCUAACAUCAAUCCCUCUGAAUUAGCAGGCAAUCCUGGACUCUGUGGCGGGGUUCUCCCACCGUGUUCAAAAAAGUCCACUGCAACAUCAGGAAGUAAAAGAGGCAUGCACAUAUAUCACGUCCUCGUGGGAUGCGCCAUCGGCACGUCCGUGAUUUUAUCUCUCAGUCUGGCAUUUUUCGCUGGGAGGCUUCUAUACAGAAGGUGGUAUCUGUAUGAUGGUUUCUUCUAUGACUGGUUCAAGAGAGGCAAUGAGGAAUGGCCUUGGAGGCUGGUGGCCUUCCAAAGGGUAAGCUUCACUAGCAGCGACAUCCUUGCUUGUAUAAAUGAAUCCAACUUGAUUGGCAUGGGCGGGACUGGCAUGGUCUAUAAGGCUGAAGUGCACCGGCCCCACGUCAACGUGGCGGUCAAGAAGCUCUGGAGAUCGGGCUCCGAUCUAGAGAAUGGCUCCGAUCUGUUGCAAGAGGUGAAUCUCCUAGGACGGCUCCGGCACCGCAACAUUGUACGUUUGUUAGGGUAUCUCCACAACGAGAGCGACGUGAUGAUGGUUUAUGAGUACAUGCCGAACGGGAACCUAGGGACGGCAUUGCACAGCAAGCAGGCUGCGAAGUUGCUGGUCGACUGGGUCUUGAGGUACAAUAUUGCAGUCGGAGUGGCGCAAGGCCUGAACUACCUCCACCACGAUUGCCAUCCGCCAAUCAUCCACCGGGACAUCAAGUCGAAUAACAUCUUGCUUGACAAAAAUCUCGAGGCAAAGAUCGCGGAUUUCGGGUUGGCGAAGAUGAUGAUCCACAAGAACGAGACUGUUUCAGUGGUGGCCGGAUCCUACGGAUACAUAGCACCUGAGUAUGGAUACACCUUGAAAGUAGAUGAGAAGAGCGACAUAUACAGUUAUGGCGUCGUCCUUCUCGAGCUCCUGACAGGAAAAACGCCCUUGGACCCAUCGUUUGGAGAGUCCAUAGACAUAGUCGAAUGGGUUCGGACCAAGGUCAAGGACAACAAGACAGUGGAUGAAACGCUGGACACCAGCAUAGCGGGCCAGUGCAAAACGGUCCAAGAAGAGAUGCUUCUCGUCCUGCGGGUCGCGCUUCUCUGCACGGCGAAGCUGCCCAAGGAGCGGCCUUCCAUGCGGGAUGUCCUGACGAUGCUCGGAGAGGCAAAGCCACGCAGGAAAAGCAUCUGCUAUGGUGACGCACCAAAUGCUGGCAGAGAGAAGCCGAUAUUCACUACGUCGCCAGUUGUUGGCCUCCUGUAGAACAUUAAUUUCCUAGGCUUCAUAACAU